AUGAGAUCAUUAACUUCAGGUAAAGCUCUCCCUAGAGGUAAAGCUCUUCCUGCAGCUAAAGCUCCCCAUAAAGCUCUCCCUACAGGUAAAGCUCUUCCUGCAGAUAAAGCUCCCCAUAAAGCUCUCCCUACAGAUAAAGCUCUCCCUACAGGUAAAGCUCUUCCUGCAGGUAACGCUCUCCCUACAGGUAAAGCUCUUCCUGCAGAUAAAGCUCUCCCUACAGGUAAAGCUCUUCCUGCAGAUAAAGCUCUCCCUACAGGUAAAGCUCUUCCUGCAGAUAAAGCUCUCCCUACAGGUAAAGCUCUUCCUGCAGAUAAAGCUCUCCCUACAGGUAAAGCUCUUCCUGCAGAUAAAGCUCUCCCUACAGGUAAAGCUCUUCCUGCAGAUAAAGCUCUCCCUACAGGUAAAGCUCUUCCUGCAGAUAAAGCUCUCCCUACAGGUAAAGCUCUUCCUGCAGAUAAAGCUCUCCCUACAGGUAAAGCUCUUCCUGCAGAUAAAGCUCUCCCUACAGGUAAAGCGCUUCCUGCAGAUAAAGCUUUGCCCUAA